AUGGAUGCUGAUUUAGCUUUUUGUCUUGGCCAAUUUAUUGAUGAUCAAGUUAAAUUUAUUGAUGAUCGUUUAGAAGCAAUUAAACAAGAAGAAGUAACUGCAUAUGAUAAAAUUGAACAAGAAAAAAUUAUUUACAAUAAAAAUAAACCUAUUCCAAAGAAUAAAGGUACACAUUAUGAAGAUCAAGCAUUGAUUGAUCAAUUUAUUCAAGAUCUUUGUGAUGAUGAUGAAAAUGUUAACAAACCAAAAUCAAUUAUUGAUGAUCAAAGUUGUAUUGAUACAUUACGUGCUGAAAUUUCUACAAAAGUAAAUGCUUGUUCAAAUUAUAUUAUUCGAAUACGUAAUUUAGCUCAGCCAUUACCAAGAACAUCAAAAUUUGUUGAAUCAUGCAAUGAAGCAAUUGAUUAUUUUCGUCAACUACAAGAAUUUGAAGAUAAUUUUAAGACAUUAUAUAGUAUUUUAGAACAAAGUGAUUCGAGUAAUGUUGUUCAAAAUUCUCAAAAAUGGUGGAAAGAUACAUAUGGAUCUACGGUAGCUGAACUUAAUCGUCGUAAUACUAAAAUUAAUCCAGCUAUUACAGAAAAUAAUUUUGCUAUUUUAUCUUCGACAAGUCGAGUAAUUGAUAAUGCAAAAAAACUUAUGGCUGCAAGACAAGUAGUAUCUGUUGAACCACAAAAACUUGAUAUUAUUCGUAAAUUUGUUAAACGUUUAUUAAUAAUCGAUGAAGAAAAUCGAGAUAAAAUUAAUGCUGAAGAACUUAUUGAUCAAUUAAAUAAUAGUAAUAUUAAACAAAUUAUUGAUUAUACUAAAAAAUGGAUUGCAAAACGUGAUGAAAUUCGUAAUCACAAAGAAGUAGAUCCAUUUAAUAUUAGAAUGGAAGCUGCCAAAGCAGAAUUUGGCCGACGACGAAUUGCUCAAGAAGCGAAAAGAUUAGCUUUAGCUGCUCUUCUAUGUCGAUUAGCUGUUGGAUCAACAAAUGGUGAACGAUUCGAACAACAAUUGAAAAAGACAAUUAAUAAACGAAAAGGAACCGAUGAAGAAAAUCUUCCAGUUAUUUCAGGCGACAUUAAAGAUCCACAAACUCAAGCACUGCCCAUUACAAUUCGAUUGGAUGCAGAUAGAACUGAUAUGAAACAAUGGGCAGUCAAUACAGAUGGAAUUCAAGAACGAUUCGUUGCAGCUUUAUGCCAAGCUUUUGCUAUACCGACUCAAUCUAUACGUGUUGAUAGUAUUGAAUCUGAUGAAGCCAUGAUAUAUAUGUAUAUUGAACCACCUUAUGGUAAGGUUGUAGUCGAUAGUUUAAAUGGUACUGCUCCGGAUGCUGCUGCACGAAUGCAAGCAAUACGUAAAUGUUGUUGUGAUCUCAAUGCGAAUGUUGAAUCAAUUACACUUGGUGAAUUUGGUUUGAAAAUUGAAGAUAGAUUGAUGGAUCCUAGAUGGAAUAAAAAGUAUGCUUGGUCGAAUAAUAAUCCUGAUGAAGGACAAUAUUGGCCAAAUCCAAUCAAUCAAGGUGGUAAACCUUAUUAUUGUCCUUCAGGUUGGAUACGUUUCGGUGUUAAAGUAGCUGAAGAUAAUAAAGAAUUUGACGCUCGUUGGGGUGAUUGGUAUGUUGCAUAUCAUGGAACACGGAACGAAUAUGCAUCAAAUAUCCUUACUUCAGGUCUUCGAGUUAGCACAGCAGGAUGUUUUUAUGGUGAUGAAGUACCACGAGUUUAUGUCUCACCAAGUAUUGAAUAUUGUGGUCAUCCACGAUAUGCAUUACCAUGGAAGCAGGUAAAAAAAAAUGGUGAAACUCGUUGGUAUCAGUUAGUUUUUCAAUGUCGAGUUAAUCCAGCAUCUGUUGAUAAAAUCAGUUCAGAAACAUUAAUACCAAAAGAACAUAAACAAACAGUAACGAUAGAUCCAAAUUUUGAUAAUGGCGAACUAGAAUGGAUUAUAUUAGGCAAACAUGAUGAGCAAUUUAUUAAGCAGGAUAUUAUUUGUUAUGGAUUAAUGAUGCGUGUAUCAUAUGUCGAUCCAAUAAAUUUGACACCAUGUACAUGGUGGAAACAUUCUCUUUAUAGCGACAUUUAUAAGUCAUAA